UGGCUGAUAAGAUCGGCCUAGUGGCAAACGUGGGCAAGUCUUCACCGUGACCAGGCUGCUUGCUAGACAGCGGCCGCCGCCCGUCAUGCUUCAUUCGCUCAACGCACUCGCCGGCAAAAUAUCGCCGGGCGGCGGCCUCGACAACAACGCAAACAAACACACGCAUCCGAACAGGAACCACAAGGCGUAUGCGCCGUCAUCACCCUACUCCAAAACUAAUGGGAUAAAUAAUAUGAAUAUAAAUAAUAACAACAACUGUACGAGUAUCAAUAACAACAACAAUGACGAGACAUCGGAGAUGCCAGACCCUGACUACAUUAAGAUGUUCGUUGGGCAAGUACCUCGAAGUAUGGACGAAAAUGACUUACGGCUGAUGUUUGAGGAGUUUGGUCGGGUGCAUCAGAUAAAUGUGCUGAGGGAUAAGAUCACUGGUGCUAGUAAAGGAUGCUGUUUUGUGACGUUUUUCACGCGAAAAGCAGCCCUGAAAGCGCAAGACGCUUUGCACAAUAUCAAAACUUUGUCAGGGAUGCACCAUCCGAUUCAAAUGAAGCCGGCUGAUAGUGAAAAUAGAAAUGAGCGCAAGUUAUUUGUGGGAAUGCUCAACAAGAAGCUAUCAGAGAAUGAUGUUAGAGCGUUGUUCGCUGGACACGGCGCUAUAGAGGAAUGUACUGUGCUGAGGGACGCACAGGGCCAAAGCAAAGGAUGUGCAUUUGUAACAUUCGUCUCUAAACAAGCUGCAAUUGCUGCUAUUAAGACGCUUCAUCACAGCCAAACGAUGGAAGGUUGUUCGGCACCACUUGUUGUGAAAUUCGCGGAUACGCAAAAAGAAAAAGAACAAAAGAAACUGCAAGCAAUGCAGGCGAGCCUCUGGGGCCUGACGCCCGUGACACCGACUUAUCAGCUGCCUUCGGAGGCGGCCUUAUCACCGGCAACGCAGUUGCAAUUGUUGCAGCAGUUGCAGGCGGUUGGACUGCAACAACAGCUUCUACAGGGCCAAGGCUCAACGUUGUUACAAGGUAUUAACUACCCAGAUAUCGCUUUCAAUGGCGCAGGGCUUAGUGGCGGAGCGGUGAGUGGGGUCGGGACAAUUGGUGGAUCGGACCAACUCGGUGGGCUUCUAGCGCCGGUGUCUGUACAGAACUUGGCUGCGUUAGCGGCCAUUACGCAGCCCCCGGUCGUGACGCAAGCGGCGCCUAUGGCCCCCGCCACGGCGCAACAGCCUGCAGCACCACAACUAUGUCUUCUCGGAAAGACUAACAUCACAGGGUCAACGGCUGAACCUCUAAGCUCUGCGUACGCGGCACAGUUUGGUACUUUCGCUGCGGCGCCCUUGGGGUCUGUGCUCGGUACCGCCGCUGCCGCCGCAGCUGGGAAGCAGGUUGAAGGUCCGGAGGGCGGCAACCUGUUCAUCUACCACCUGCCACAGGAGUUCACGGACACUGACCUCGCGUCCACCUUCCUGCCCUUCGGCCACGUGAUAUCCGCCAAAGUGUUCAUAGACAAACAGACGAACCUCUCGAAGUGUUUCGGUUUCGUCUCGUACGACAAUGCCGCGUCGGCGCAGGCCGCGAUACAGGCCAUGAACGGGUUCCAAAUCGGUACAAAGAGACUCAAAGUUCAAUUGAAACGUUCGAAAGAGCUCUCGAGACCGUACUAGAUGAAUGGUGGCGAGUGAGUUGUGAACGAAAAGGUUGUUUGACAUUUGUUGUGAUGUAUCCGGUGCACUCGAACGGCUAGCUGUAAGGGAAUGCGUCCAUGUGCACAGUUGUUAACUAAUAAGUGUAAGGUUAAGGUUUGUGUCGAUGCUGAGCGCUAACAGAAAAUAACUAAUACUAAGCGAGAACGUGCGGCAUUCACCUUUUUGUCCCAAAUUUAAAAACACUAGAUGAAAGUGAAUCUUUACCAAUGGCAAAUCACGCUUAGUAUUUUUUAAUGUUGACCUCAGCAAAAAAUUUAUCGUUUCCAAAGUAUUCCCCAAAAUCAUUUAUAGCUAUCGUGUUAUUUUAUUAUUAAAUUUUAAGUCAUAUUCUAUUUAGUUUCGUUCUAAAACCAAUAAACGAGGAAGCCAAAGAGCUGAGACAACUUUUUUUCAACGAGUGUCAUAUUUUUAAUAUAAGUUUUAGUCCAAAGCGCCGAACUACCGUUUUGGUACUGAGGCCAAUAUUUGGCUACUUGUAACGGCCUAUUUUCGCUUCAAUUGAACAAUUGAAUCCAAAGAAAACAGGCCGUUUAAAGAUAACGAACUUGGGCAUAAAUUAAUCAUAGUUUUUAUUUACUACUUGUUACUACGAAUAAACGAAUACGUUAUUUUUAAAUAUUACCUGUAUUUGUUACCAACAAAUGUGGCCAUUUUUAAAGCAGACGUUUAGAGUUCUUUGUUUUAAAAAUAAGGUUUUAGGUUAAUAAGAUGAUCUCAAAGUGAUCAAUGUGUUUAUUGUUUACCUUGUUGUCUGUCGUAGUGUACUUAAAAUGUGUUUUAACCAAGCUUCGAUAUGUAAAACUAUAAAAGGCUCCUAUUCCGAGACGUAUAUGGAAACGAAUCUACAAGUUUAAAGACUUGUCAUAUGAUUUUAAUCUACUAAGUUUGAAGUUUAGGAAUACGGGUUUUGAUUUCUGUAAAAGAAAUUCUAGACAGAUGAACUUUUUAUCUAAAAUGACCACACCUCGGAACAUCGAACGCUGAUAUAGUCAAAAUGUCUUAGUAUUUAAGUAUUUAAUAUAUUAUACUAAGUUUGUGUAAGUUUCACUUUCUUUCAACUUCUAUUCGUUUAGCGACGGCCACUUAGCACAUAUGCUCAAUUCUGCUUUUACUAUGUUUAGUAUUUUUUUUAUAGAAUAUAUGGCACUUACGGAACUUAAAACUAUAUUUGAUUAGAUGUUUCUUCUUAAAAUUAAGUGUUCGUAUCAUUUUCUUUAAAAGUGAUUUACAAAAUUAAAUUAAAGUCAGAUAAUAUAUAAUACAACAUAAUUUUGUGACAACUGUAAACGUUAAUUUCGACUCGUUACAUGAUGAUUUCGAUUUCGUUACAUCUGCUUAAUAACGAAACUGGUUUAAGGAUAGCGCCAUCUACCGUUUGCGUGAUUACAUUUGUUUGACAUAACGAGUUUUAUGAUCGGUAUUGCCUAUGAUGUGACAUAGUACUGAAAAAAAUCAUGUUAUUUACAAUUUUUUCUGGCUUUCACUGUAUUUAUAUGUAGCAAAUUAUAUUGUAUGAGUUAUUCGUAGCCUUAAGUUGUGGCCCCACUUAGGUGGCUUAGAGCCCUGAAAAACAUUAGAUUUUUUGACCAGAACAAGUUCCGCAUCUGUAGAUUAGAUAGCGAUGCAGGUACUGAUGAUGAUGGAGCACCUAAGUGGAGCCGUAGCAAUUGUUAAUUUUAGUCUGGUCUCGGUGUCUCAACAAAGAAAAUACCAAUAUUUAGACUGAAUAAGUUUCCUUUUCUUAGUAUAUCAAACAUAUUAUCAAAACUAACGUGAAAUAUUUCACAAAGAUUAGAUUAAUUUCAUUUUAUUUAUUGAAACGGGUUGUUCUGCGAAACAGCAUUCUUCGCGUAUUGUUUUAGGAAUUAUUUUGUAGAUGACGGUGUAAAAUUUGAAAGAUACUAAAUAAGUUCAGUGUUCGGCUUGAGUUUACUACAAAAAAAGUCGGCUACUGGCCACAUUGUGAAUAGACUAUGUUCAAUCUUCACCGACUUUUUAGGACGUUUUGGAGAAUACUCUCCAAACUUGAUUCAUAUAGAUUAAACUGAUGACUAGAGCAAAACGACACGUCCGAAACUCGGUGAACUUGAAGCUACGUAAGCUAGAUAAUGAAAUGUAUAAAUUUUAACUUAACUAUAGUUAGGCGUCUCUGGUGAGAAUCCAUUGUUGUUGUACUUUGUAAAAUCGAUAAAACUGUUAGAUUUGUACAGAAAAAAAAACAUUGAUUACAAGGCUUUUCUAGCACGACCGCUACGGAGUUGAUAUUUUUCAUAUAUAAUUAAGUUACCUUUUACUAUCGUUACUGCAUUUUCAAUAGUGUUCAUUCAAUUACAUUUUUUUAUUAAAUUUCAAUCUAAAUGUUUAAUUAAGAUUAUCUUCUAAAUGUUUCAUUAAAUUACAAAAGGUUUGAUUUUGUCAAUAAAAACAUAACACGUUUACGCAUAUGUUGUCAAUUGUCAAAAGGUAGUGAGAAUUGAGGGGGAUUUUUCAGUUUCACUAUAUUUUCUCAUUCAACUGUUAAAAUAAUUUGACCAUUGAAUUUGAAUUUCAACUUCAGUUCGACAAAUUCUUCUUUAUGAAAUUUCGAUGACUAUACUUUUGUUAGGAUACAGUUAUGUAAUAUUGAAAAUACUAUAUGGCGUCACGGUCAAACAAAGUCAUAUCGCUAAUGCCGAAGUAAAUAUAUUUUUCCUUUAUCUACGGCACUAUAUCCUAUGUACAAUCGAUGUAAAAAAAGAACUGUUUUAUACAACACCCGUUUUGUUGAUAUAAAUGUAAAUAAAUGUCAAGUUAAA